AUGGUUGGUGCCGGCAAGAGCAAGGGUGGCAAAGGCAAAGGGCCCGGAGAGGCCCAUGCCAUGCAGUCAGGCUGGACCGCCUGGACCGCCUGGACCGCCUACGCCGCCUACGAGCAGAGCAAGGCGACCAUGCCACAAACAGGCGCCAGCCUGGGCAAGGGAGGCACAGGGGAGUCGACCAAGCGCGUGCCGCGUCUGGCAGCAGAAAUAGCUGGCGCCAUAGGCGACCUGGUCGAGGGAAAAUUCACGCAGGACGACUUUUGGGAGGUCUUCGAAAAGUUCUGCUGGGACAAAGGCUACCCCAGUUCCGGCUUUGCCACAGUGUGGUUCUUGCUGCAGCGCUGGCGGGUCAUUGGCCGAGCCAACAAGGACAAGUUCAAGCUCCUAAGCCUCACCCAGUCCAACUUCAAGACGCGCACCCCUACAGAUGCUCUGGGAGCGUUAGACGGUACCAGGCCGAAACUGCUCGCCCAAGAGCUCGCCAGCCCGGUCCCGGAGUAUCCACUUCCACAAAAGCUGCAAGCCCUCACCGCCAUGGAUGUCUACAAGAUGCAGGCGGCCGUGCUCAAGCUUCUUGAGUCUGAAGGCAUGAAGCCAGGUCAGAUGGAAAGAUGUUAUCAGGACUAUCAGCACUUCCUUCUCUAUGUGGAGGAGCUUCAGAUGAAGUUUGACAUUGCCCUCUACGACUUGGAGGUGGAGGAGCGCCUGGAGUACGUGAAGAAUGUGGGCCUCUACAAGAUCUGGGUGCCUGGCCUGGCUGAGAAGAGGCCGAGCAUACUGCGCGGAGACACCGUCUUGCUGACCUGCCAGCAGCAGGGGAAGUUCCGCGGGUAUGUGCACGAGCUUCGCCUGGACCAAAUCCAGGUCUCCUUUCACGAGAGGACACCUUUGCGGAGCAUGCACAGGGCUGUGGAUGAUCUUCACUUUCCUGUGGACGCCACGACGCACAUCGUCAGGCCAGUGCCUCGCGCCCACCCGCAACUCAACCCGAAGCAGACGGAGUUCUUCGCGGCCGUGACGGCGGGAGCGGGGUCAGGUGUUUUUGGAGGGGAUACUGGUUGGUAUGCGGCUGUAAUCAACUACAUCAGGACCCACACAAUCCACACGGUCUUCCAGAGCCAGAAGCACGCGAAGAUCCUGGUGGGACCAGCCGGACAACUUUUGUUCUUGACGGCGGAUGGAAGCAUCUUCAACACUUUCUGCCAGGCCGGCUACUUCGUGAUACCAAGUGUCGAGGAGCUCCAAGGUUUUCAGAUCGUUGUCUGCACCUGCACAACUGCCUCCUACAUCCGCAGCCGCCUGAAACAAGGCCAAAAGGGAUGGUUCACGCACAUCUUCGUCGACGAGGCGGCGCAAAGCGUGGAAGCAGAGGCCCUGGUGCCCAUCACGUUGCGCAAGGGGCCACAGACCAUGGUCUGUCUGGCUGGGGACUUCAAGCAGCUUGGUCCGGUGAUCCGCUCGCCCGUCGCCAUCGAAUAUGGCCUGCAGACAUCGCUGAUGGAACGCUUGGUGAACAAGAUCACAGUCGACCAUUCCCGGGUGUUUCCCCUUCUGGACACGUACCGUGCGCAUCCAUCCAUCUUGUGUCUCUACAACAAGCUGGUGUACGCGAACGUGUUGAACUGCCGCUGUGGGCAGGAGAGCUAUUGCAUGACGACAUGGCCGGAGUGCCCCGUAUCCGGCAAGAGUCGCCAUCCAUUGAUCUUCCAUCACUGCAAUGGCCAAGAAAGCCGCCAGAGGAACUCGCCAUCCUGGGAAAAUGUGCAGGAAGGCAGCAUCGUGAAGCAGUACCUCAUGAAGCUGAUGGAGCAUGGCGUCAAGCAGGAGGACAUUGGUAUCAUCUCUCCGUAUCACAAGCAGUGCACGAGAUUGCGGUACAUCUGUCAAGGUGAAGGCUUGGACAUCCAAGUUGGCACAACUGAGCUGUUUCAGGGCCAAGAGAAGAAGGUGAUAAUCAUCUCGACUGUGCGAUCCCGGCAAGAGCAGGAGAUCAAAAGUGACAUCCGCUUCUCAUUGGGCUUCCUCGGGAACUACAAGCGCACGAAUGUGGCCAUUAGUCGUGCGAAGUCCCUGCUCAUUGUCGUGGGCAGCUCGACUCCCUAA